AUGGCCGGGGAGCUCGCCGGGCUCGGGGAAGCGGAUGGAGUCGGCAGCGGGGUCGUCGAGGAAGUGGCGCUGGGGGAGGAAGCCGCGAAAGGCGCUGUCUUGCCGAGCGAUGCACAUCCCCAGGUCCAAGCUAUCGGCCUCGAGAGCCUGGAGUACUUGGCAUCUUCACCCAGAACGGACCUAGAAGGCGGAGAGACCCCAGUUAGCCUUGGAAUGCCCUUUUCUGCAAGGGUCCGUGUGGAAGAUCCGGAAGCUCUGGAAGCAAGCCCUUCCACGGAGAGGGCCGAAGCUGCGGAGGAGAAGGCCUUGCCACAAACGACUGAAAGCAUUCCUCUGCCCUCGCCAUCCUCGCCUCGACUGGAGGAGUCUGAAUCUUCAGGUCUUCAAGCCAAUGAAGUGGCUCCUUUGGAUUGGGAACUGGUCCAAGCUGAGGCUAGUCCUGCGAAAUCGGCUGGGAGCCGUCCUGAAUCGCUUGAAGGGCCUCUGCCCUCUGAUACUACUCUUGUGCCAGCGGGGCAAGCUGCUCCGGCAGAGGCCGAGAGCCAAGGGGACCCAGCUGAAGCCACUGAAGCCUUGGCUUCCGAGGAGGGCGGCGACCCUGGGUCCGAAGAUCCGGAAGGAGGCGUUGAAAUCGCGGCUUCGGUUCCGGAGCCCGAGCCGAAAGACGAGGCUUCCACCCCGGAGGUGUCUGAGGCCAAGCGCCGCUUCGAGGAGGUGCCCAUGCUGCCUCCAGAUUCCUUUUUCCAGUCGGACGACUUGGAGAGAUUGAAGCUGGAGGCCAUCGACGAAGCCCGAGCACUCUUGGCCUGGCUCGUACCAGGUCCAGGGGAAGCCCUGUCGCCGGAUGAGCAGGAG